GUGAGAAGUAAGAUCUCAAUGGCGUUGGUGGGGGUUGCAUGGGGAAUAACCAAGGGGGCGACGUGCACGGUAGGAAUUAGGUGUAGGGCAAGAUGGCUUGCAGGGCAAGAAUCGAAGGGAGCAAGAAGACGUUCGGAGAACAUUCCUAAAAUUUUAUGCAGGUGUCACCACUUCUUUCCAUUUUGCAAUCCUUCCUAAAUAAAACGGGAACCAGGCCCACCAUUUAAUCUGCCAUCGAAAAUUACAAAGGGAGAGAAGAAACAGUUUACUCAAGGCUUAAAACGUGACAGAUUGGGUCUUGCUACUUCUAAGAUGAGUCGGUUCUUGAAUGUACUUCGUAGUUGGCUAGUUAUGGUGUCCAUAAUUGCUUUGGGGAACACAGUGCAAAGCUUCAGAGACCACAGCUUCCUUUCUGAGAAAUUGUAUACAGGCAAGCCAGGUCUUGUAAAUGGUCUCCAAGCUCGAACCUUUGGCAUUUGGACCUUGUUGUCUUCUGUGAUCCGCUGCUAUUGUGCCAUAGAUAUCCGCAACAAGACCCUCUAUAACAUCACACUUUUGACCUUCUUCAUUGCCCUGGGCCACUUCCUCUCUGAGGUGUUUAUUUAUGGCACAGCAGCUGCAACGAUUGGUGUCCUGGCACCCUUAAUGGUGGCAAGUUUCUCCAUCCUGGGGAUGCUGAUUGGGCUACAGUACCUGGAGGUAGAAACCACAUUACAUAACAAGAAGCGGAAUUGAUAUUACAGCAUCUAUCUUCCAAUCUGCCCACCAGUCAUCUUCCAGUGUCUACCAUAUUGUUUUCCUGAUCUUCUUUUUCGAGCCUGUACUAUACAGGGCAGUCAGAACAUUCUUAGAUUUCCCUAUUGGUUAUUUUAGUUCCCAUUUGAUUUUGACAUGAGCAGAUAACGGCAGAAAAAUAGUUUUGAACAGUUCCUCCAAACUGGGUAUGGGAAGCAGUAUCUUAAAAGCAUCAUGAGAUGUAGUAGAAAACCCAAGUGAAGUUGUGCCAGGUGAAGGUUAUAAGUCCCCUCUCGACAUUCUGAUGGCAAAUGAUAGAAAAAGAAGUGUUGCCUAAAUUUGCUGAAAGUGGGGGCAUGUAAUGUCUCCAUGGCACUUGGCAAAGUUGUCCAUAAGUAUGGCUUGCCAUAAAUAAAAGGGAAUUGUGAAAACUUGUGAGGAAAAAGUAUCUCAUGUCUGAGCUAAAUCCAAAGUAACUUAUAAAAUCUUCUUUUUGAAGAUAAAAGAGCAAAGCUUGGUCCUCUUUUUACUUUAAGAGGCUACUUGUUUAGGUAAAUGCUUUCUUCCAUCUUCCAGUUCCUGUUUCCAUUUCUCUGAAAAUAGCACAAUUCAUUUAAUUGUUAUUCUUUUCCGAACGUAUAUGAGAACUGGAACAGUCUAGGCAAAGCAAGUGCAUAACAAGCCAAUAUUCCUGCCAGAGCAGGGGGAUGAAUUAGAAGACAUUCAAGGACCUGUUAUUCUGUUAUUUAUUUCAAAAUAAAGCUGACAACCCUUGUAAAAAAGGGGCUGCCAAAGCCAUAGAACAAAUAAGUAAAUUUCUGCUUCUGUAAGAAGAAGCAAAAAAUUGUGACUUUUCAAUGUGCUGCUAUUGUUAUACAAAGUAUCUAGUUCUAUCCUUCCAAAAUUGAAUGGAUGUUAGUAAUGAAAUGGAUUUUCCUUCUCUUCAUGUAUCUUCCCAUAUAGCCACCAAAUUUUAUUACCUGUUUUUAUUCUAAUUUUUAAAUUGAUGAUUUUAAUAGUUUUUAUAUAAUGUUAUGAAUAUGUAUGCCACCCAGAGUAAUUGUGUGAGAUGGAUAGCUGUACAAAGAAAUAGAUAGAUGAUAGAUAGAUAGAUAGAUAGAUAGAUAGAUAGAUAGAUAGAUAAUCGAAAUAUGCUUUGGAUAUCAGAGAGUAUCUAGAACAGAUUUUGGAAAUGCACAAACUCAGAAGGGAUUAAUGGAAUAUUGCACUGCGUGAUCAAAAAUAUCAUCUCAGAUGGCUGUAGCCCACAAUAUUUAUCUACCUCCCUUUACCAGAGUGUCAUAUGCUGUCAGUUGUACAUAAUUUGGCAGUUAGACUGUCAUCUGAAAUGGCAAGAUAGUCAUUGAAGCCAAUUAUAACAGCUGUCAAUUUGCUAGCAAGACCAGUCAAAGUUUCAAACAUCUGAAGGAGAGAUUUCUCCUACUUGUGCAUUAUCUUCAAAUGAGACCUUCCACUUUCAAACCUAAAAAGAUACAUCACACAUCCACAACAGGGAGUGCCUUUUCUAUGAUAGCAUCUUUUCUGCAGUGCACUGUGAAUGUACAGUUGACAUUAACAUGGUAUUCUUAACAUGUUUUAUUUCUCCAGCCAUCUUAACUUGAAAUCAUUUUUUGUAACUGAUUAAAUGUGCCUCUCAAUUAUAUUAAUGUUUGUUGCUUUGAUAUUGUAUUGCAUAUGCUUUCUGUGCUGACUUUUGUGCAAAGUGCUUUAUGCCAGUGGCCCCCAACCUUUUGGGCACCAGGGACCAGUUCUGUGGAGAGUUUUUUUUCCAUGGAACGGAAGGAGUGUGGUUUUGCGUGCUGCCUGCAUCCCACCGAUGGGGCUUCACUUGUUUGCACAGACUGGUUUCUGCCUUGCUGCAGACCAAUGCCAGUCCACAGACUGGGGAUUGGGGACCCCUGCUUUAUACAUUUUUAAAUAAAUAGCUACCUUACACAUUAUAAAUAAAAGUUUUGAAGAUGAUCACAGAAGCAACUUAAGCCAGUCUUCCCUAACCUAAUAACAAAUAAUUGGGACUACAACACCCAUCAGCCCGUUAAUAUAGGCAAGAUAGUGGAUUGGAGAGGCUGUAGCUGAAACAUUGCAGGAAGCUAUCUGAACUUUUCAUUGGCUAAGUAGUUCUUCCUACAUUCUAAAUUUCUUAGUAGUAACCAAGUCCUGUGAGAAACCAUUAAAGGAAAUCAGUAUACUUAGUCUGCAGAAAAAACUGAGGGGAGAAAUUGAUGUAUAGAGGAGGGGAUGGACUUGUCCCAGAGUGCAGAACCAGAACCAUGGGUUGAAAUAAGAGGAAAGUAAAUUCAGAUUAGGAAUUGGGCAGGAAGUUCCUGUAUAUUCUAAUAAGUUGUCUCAUGAAAUGGAAUGUUCACUGGAGGUCUGAUGGCUGACACCAAGUAGAUAAUCUUGAUUUUUCAGUAUCUCCUAAUUCUAUGAAACUUUUAUCAGCUUUCCCAGAGGAUUGUUCUUUUUCAUUUUGUUAACAGAGCUUUGUAACUUAAAUUGUACUCACAGGAUAGAUAAGGAUAAGGAAUGAAAGCACAUUGAAAAUUUAAUGCAUGCUGAUAGGUGAAAUGAGGACUUUAUGAUGUCUAGUAUUUAUUCCAGAUGAAUUACCUUACAGAACAUUAAGCAAAUGAAA